CACUGCGCUGCAAGAAUCUACACAUACGAGAACCCCUUGCUCUGAGCAACACUGCCUUCUCUGACACUUGAGGUGUAACCCCUUGAGAGGACGAGCCGGGUAAGUGGGACACGGCGGGCAAUAACAGUGAACAUCAUGAUAUAUGAAUCGUUUGCGCUGGAAUAUCCAAGAUGGAGCCGACGUUGAACGUACUCAACAGCUGGCAAUAUAUAUGCCAUGACUCAACACGUGACUCUCAAACAACACGGAGCAACACCGCGUAACGUCACGCUCCACUCUCUUUUCUAGCCAUGUUGUCCAUGAAUUUCCUCAGACAAGCGGCCCGCUCUGCACGGACCUUCUCUACGACGUCUAUUGCUCGUAAAGACCUUGUCCAGGACCUCUAUGUCAAGGAGCUAAAAGCUUACAAGGCCCCUGUUGCAGCAAAAGACGCACACGUUGGCGUUGUCAAGAAUUUCUCACUACCCGCCGUUCCAAAACCUCCCACUCUUCCCGUCGACCUGGCUGCCGAACUCACCGCAUAUGACGCGACUGAGCCCACAAAAGCUGAGGCAGAGGUCACGAGUUCCACUGUGCAUGCAGGAGAGGAUGUGGGUAAGGGUGCGGAUGCAUUCCUUGGAUUCUUGGAGGCAGACGUGAAGCAGGCAGAGGUUCAUCAUUGAGUCAAGGAUACCUCGAUCACUGUCAGUCUAGGAAUGCAUGACAAAUAGAUUUAUCCUGCCAGAGGUGUGCGUUAGACCAAUCUCGAACAGAUCUACUAUUGUGCAUACUCUCAAUUCGCAGAAUCUUGCUCUGGUUAAAAAUUUACAAGUAAAGUUAUACGUCGUGUCGGUAAUCUCUUUCUCUAGUGCGCCUCCGGGAGUCUCCGAGCAGAAGUUGUUGCGGAGCGUUAUUAUUGUACAGAUGAGUUGCUUUCGACGAAAAUUAUACAAGAUUAUACUGGCGUGCUAUCAACACCGUCGUCAUGUCAUGGGAUCAGGUGGUUGCUCGUAAGGAAGCU